AAUCCCUGUGCAUUUUCACUCGUGUUCCUUUUCCAUGCUGGGGUCGGCAUUCUGUCGUGAGACGAACUCAAAAUGCAGAUCUUUGUCAAGACAUUGACUGGCAAAACCAUCACCCUCGAGGUUGAGCCAAGUGAUACAAUUGAUAAUGUAAAGGCCAAGAUCCAAGAUAAGGAAGGUAUUCCACCAGAUCAGCAACGACUAAUUUUUGCUGGCAAGCAGUUGGAAGAUGGUCGUACUUUGAGUGAUUAUAACAUUCAAAAAGAGUCAACUCUUCAUCUUGUCCUUCGACUGAGAGGUGGUGGCAAGAAGAGAAAGAAGAAGAACUACACUACCCCAAAGAAAAUAAAGCAUAAGCGAAAGAAGAUCAAGCUUGCUGCUUUGAAAUACUACAAGGUAGAUGAGAAUGGAAAAAUCACCCGCCUUCGCAGGGAAUGCCCAAAGGAGUCAUGUGGUGCAGGCAUUUUUAUGGCAAACCACUUCGACAGACAAUAUUGCGGAAAAUGCCACCUUACCUAUGCUUUCAGCAAACCAGGACAGGGCAAAUAAAUCCAAUCUGCUAGUUGUUAUAUAAAUAAAAUGUAAACGA